GUUGCCUGGGUAACGGAGGGAAGAUGGCGGCAUGCGGCAGAGCUGGGGAGAGUGAUAGCGGAGAGCAGCAGUGAUUGUACUGGAAAGUGUGAGUGAAUCUAGAGGUUUCUUCGCUGCAAUAAUUGUUGCUGUACCACUAUUUUUUCUCUAUUCGUCACAGUAAGACUGCUGACAUGUCACUCUUCAAAGCUCGUGAUUGGUGGUCCACUACAAUGGGCGAGAAAGAAGAAUUUGACCAAGGAUGUUUGUCUGUGGCCGAUGUUGACAACAGUGGUUCAGGGGAAGACAAAAUAAUUGUUGGAAGUUACAGUGGAUAUCUGCGUUUAUUCUCUCCUCAUCCUCUAAAAGCUGAUGGAAUUCAGGCUGAAGAUCUGUUACUUGAGGUUCAGUUGCGCAACCCAGUUCUCCAAUUAGAAGUGGGAAAGUUUGUUUCAGGUACAGAACUUCUCCAUCUUGCUGUAUUGCAUCCAAGAAAGCUGUGUGUCUAUUCUGUCUCAGGUACAUUGGGAAACGUAGAACAUGGUAACCAAUAUCAGAUUAAAUUGAUGUAUGAACAUAAUCUUCAGCGAACAGCUUGCAACAUGACUCAUGGACCAUUUGGAGGAGUUAAAGGUCGAGAUUUGAUUUGCAUUCAAUCAAUGGAUGGGAUGCUCAUGUUCUUUGAGCAGGAAAGCUAUGCAUUUGGCCGUUACUUGCCAGGUUUUCUUAUACCUGGUCCCCUGAGAUACAGUCCUAGAACAGACUCGUUUGUUACUGUGUCUUCUUGCCGACAAGUCGAAAGCUACAAAUACCAGGUGCUUGCUGUUGCAACAGAUGCAGAUACUAAAAAAGAGACAGAACAGCAAAAAAUUGGUUCUGGGAAGAAACUGCUGGCAGACUGGAUAUUAAACAUUGGUGAGCAGGCAUUGGAUAUCAACAUAGUCUCCUUUAAUCACACUGCAUUCUCGAUUUUUGUACUUGGCGAAAGACACUUCUUCUGUCUCAAAGAGAACGGACAGAUCCGCUUCAUGAAAAAGCUUGAGUACAGUCCAAGCUGCUUCCUUCCAUAUUGUUCAGUAAGCGAAGGAACAAUAAACUCUUUGGUUGGGAACCAUAAUAACAUGUUGCUUGUGUACCAGGAUGUGACAUUGAAGUGGGCAGCGCAGCUUCCGUACAUUCCUGUUGCAGUAAAAGUUGCCAAUUUCCAAGACAUGAAAGGAAUCAUAGUCACUCUAAGUGACAGUGGUCAAUUACAGUGCUCGUAUUUUGGAACAGACCCUUCUCUCUUUCAAGCUCCUAAAGUGGAAUCUAGGGAUAUAAAUUAUGAAAAACUUGAUGUUGAAAUGAGAGAACUCCAGAGAAUUAUUAAAGACUCUACAAAAACACAAGAUAUUUUACCAAAGAUUGAAAAAGAAGAGGAUUUCACUUUGUCAGCCACGGUGUCUCCUGCCCUUGAUGCUGUGUCUCAAGCUGUGGACUGUGCUAUGGAGUCUGAGAACACACCUUCUGUAACAGUAAAGUUCUGUGUACGGAGCAGACUGCAUGUGCAGAAGACUGUGCUAUCCAUAAGCGUACCACCAUUUUUAGCUCUUACUCAGGAUCAAUUCAUUUUUCAUUCUGUUGAGCCAGGAAUAGCUAAAACAAUAAGUGUUUCGGUGUUCCUGAAGGGGAACUCUGCCCCAGCUGACCUUGAAGGGGAAGCAGUGGCCUCAUACUGCACUCCUACAGAAUUGAACCCUGAAGGUGUCCCUCGAGUUACGCAGUGUAAAUUUCGUCUUCCCUUACGAUUAGUGUGUUUCCCUAUACAACCAACAAAAACAGCAAAUCACAAACUGACUAUUGACACCAACAAACCUCCAGUCAAUCUGAUAAACCUAUUCCCAGAUUUUGUUGAGCGCAGUGAUGAUGACCAGCUUAAUGUGUUAGGAUUCCAGUUGCUUGCCGGACAAAAGGUCACACUUCUUGCCUCUAAAACAUCACAGAGAUACAGGAUCCAGAGUGAGCAGUUUGAGGACCUCUGGCUUAUUACGAAAGAGCUCAUCCUGCGUUUUGAGGAGUAUUUCCGGAAGCAAGGAAUUAAGGACUUUGCAUGCUUGUUUUCUGGACCAAUUCCACUGCAACCAUAUUUUGAACUAAUAGACCAACAUUUUGAGCUGCGAAUGAAUACAGAGAAGUAUGAAAAAUUAUUAUCUGAACGUGCCGUUCAGUUUCGUGCUAUUGAAAGACUCCUCUUAACAAGGUUCAAAGAUAAGACACCCUCUCCACUACAAAAUCUGGACACCCUUUUGGAUGGGACCUACAGACAGGUAAUGGGAAUAGCAGAUGCUGCUGAAGAACUCCAAACCAACCUGUUCCGUGCUUUCACAAAGCUGAGGAGCGCAACACAGCUUGUAAUCCUGCUGAUUGGGUUGUGGCAGAAGCUUAAUAAAGACCAGAUGGGCAUUUUGGAAGCCACCUUUUUGCCACUUGUAGAAGAUGGUCAAGAACUGGGUUGGGAAGAGUCUGUGGAUGCAGCACUAACUCAUCUGCUAAGGACCUGUCUGUCUAAAAGUUCCAAAGACCAAGCAUUAAAUCUCACCAGUCAACUAACCAUUCCAAAAGAUACUGCCAGACUGAAGAAGCACAUCACCUUGUUGUGCGAUAGACUGUCUAAAGGUGGAAGAUUAUCCCUAAGUGCGGAUUCAGGAUCUCAACAAGCCAUUGUAAUGCCAGGAGAAAAUGUGGAGACACAGGAUGAGAAUCCAGAGUCUGGCGUCCAGUACCUACACUGACGAUGCUUCUGUGGACUUGGAGAUUGCCGAUACCAGCAAGCUGCUUCAUUUUGCCAGAUUCCAAUCAUCGGCAGUAUACAGACACAUGGAUGUUAGAGUAUUGAUGUAAUGCAGUAUAAUAAAUCUGUUAUUGUUUUUAGGUCAUGUUACCCACAGUCAGCAGUUUACCUUUCAGCAUACAAUAAUUUACAUUUAUUUGUGAAGACAUUUUAUAGCUAUAAAACGUUGCUCAUGCUUUUUACCCAGUUCGUGUUUACAAAUUGACUAUAAAUUUCCAACAGUAUGUACAAGGCAGCAACAUACAGCUACAGAAUAUUUCUCUUGAGGUAUCUAAUGCAAUAAGUGAAAUAAUUCCGCUAUUGUGUCAUUAGCCAGCUUGUCAUUUUUUACAAAACAAUUUCCAAUUGUCAAUAGCAUAAGGAAAUCGCCUUAUGUAGCAGUUUCCAGAUUUAGAGCCAUGUACCAUAUUGUAUAAACUGUAGUAGAUAUUUCUUCCAGUAGUAAAACAUUGAGUAUUCGUUUUUUUUAGUAAUGUGAAAAUUGGAAAAUGUUCAUUACUUUUUAUGAAUAGGAUGCAAGUACAAAUUCUUAGUACAUUUAUAGUUAUAAAUUUAUACAUGACAGGUUAUUUUUUGAAACAUUCAUUAAGAUUCUUGCUUUAGAUAUUUUAUUAAACGUACUUUUAUUGAAGUUCUUUUGCUGCUUCUGUAAAGUGCGCCUAGGCCUAAACAGAGUGGAGGCGGCCAUUUUGUUGGCCAAGUCAUUUGAAUUUCCAAGAAUACAGCCUACCAUUUUCUGCCAAUGACAUCACAAAAGCUGUAAUAGUGAAUUGAAAGAUAAACUGCAAAUUUCUGUCAAAUAUUGUUUUUUAUAUUCUCCAUAGAACUGCAAGUCACUUAUUUAAUAAAUUCAAGCAAUUUGAACAUACGUAAUAGGAAGCUCUUAAAACGUUUAAUUAUUAAACAAUUUUCAAAUAAUA